AUGGAUAACGUCAUCGUAGAAGAUGUUGUGUGGACACCUGAUCGACGUGACUCGAGGACAUGUUACGAGCAUGCGUCCCAUAACUACCACCCCAUCAGACAGACCAGCACUACUCUGGAACGAAAACUUCGACAUAACAGAGAACACCCACCACACUCGCUGCCUCGGUUGAGUGUGGUGAUGCCAGCCAGUUCCAACUCCAGCAUGGAACACAUACCUCCCCCACCCAAACCAAGAAGAAAACAGCUCUCACAUGGCGACGAAUCGAUGACCGUCGUCCUGUCAGCAUUUUAUGCUAAAUUGCUAAUAGUAUUAGGAAUAGCGUUACCUGUAACGAGCACCAUACAAAAUGAAGUUUAUACUAAUGUUAUAUCUGAUGUGUUUACAAUGUAUUUAUAUAUAGUCAGUAUGCUCUUCUUAGGGUAUACUUUUUAUCAUCUUCGAAUUGCUAAAAGGGAUAAGGAUGAGAACGUGAAACGAACCCGUUAUGGUAGUUUCUACCUGCACAUGGGCGUGGCAGGGUUUGGAGUAGGUUCCAUCAUCUACUCCUGUCUGCAGUUUGGAGGUUAUUUCGACCUCUCUGGCGACUGCCGGCUCGCUAUAGUCGCCAUGAAACCAGCCCUUAGGAUAUUGUACUUAGUCGCCCAAACAGUCUUUAUAUUUUCUUAUACUGAUAUCUUGGACCCAAUGAGAGGUGUAGUCCUCGACAGAUUUGGGCUCAUGCACUUAAUAGCAACAAAUGUAUGUGAAUGGUUGAACGUAGUCGUUCAGGAAACACGAGAUGAUAUCUUAGUAAUGGCCUAUGACCGGCCAGCAUUUAUCCGAUAUGCUAAUGUAACUGGUGCUUCGAAAAUAUUUGUAAGAGAACCUACAGAAAAUAACACUUACAUUCAAGAACAAAUAAACAAUGUAACCAGUGAGAACUUUAUUUCAAAUAUGACCUUGAAUGUAUCAAAUGUUGUCACGGAGAAUAUCAGCAACGUAUGGACCUGCAAUGUAUCGGACAUGAUCACCCCUCUAAUCAGGAGUGUCAACCCAUAUCUCAGGCCAUGUGGUGUAGAAUACAGUCUGUUGUGUUCCAUCAUCAUAGUUGUCAUCUGGAAUGACAUUUGCACAGUUCCAGGAUCCAAACCGAUAAAAGAGCCUGCACCAACCGCGACUGCCAAAGACCGGCAAUGCUGUGCUCGAGCCAAAUCAAAUAACCAUUUCUCUGUUGACUGUGGGAGUGCACAUAAAGGUCUGUUCAUGGGAGUAGCAGUUUUGGCGGGGACUAUUGUCAGUCUGAUGCUAUUCAACGGAUUGUUCCAGAAACAGGAACAUAUGAAUUUAGCUUUACUACAGAUAAACAUCUGGGAAUCGAUACUAUUCCUGCUCAUGACUAUUGGUUCAGGGGCAUGUAUUCAAAGGAUGCGAACUUUGCCACUUAAGCGUGCUGUCUCCGCACUGCCAUUGGAACACGCCCUACUUCUGGUCACACAGUGUGGAGUUUAUUUAUACUACUUGUUUCAAAUUAUUGGGGCUGGAUUCUUUAUACAGCAAUAUUCUUCAGAAAAUCAAGCAACCAGGAUAAUAUCUCCUCUAUGUGCCGUUAUUCAAAGCUCCUGUCAGACACUACUGGUGCUAGACGCUUGGUCUCGUCGCUGUGCAGGAACGGGCAGGCAACGACCGGGUCGUCAACUAGUGACGUUCCUCCUCGUCGGAAAUUUCGCUCUUUGGCUAAUAAAUCGAGUGAAAAAUGCAAGAGCGGAGUUUCAUCCCUUACAGAUGGAGUUCUAUGGAGUUUGGGCUUGGACUCUCAUAACACACGUGUCAGUUCCACUUCUCGUGUGUUACCGGUUUCAAGCUACAGUGUGUUUCUAUGAAAUUUGGAAAAACUCCUACAAACGAACAAGACAAGCCAACAACAUGGAUGUCGAUGAAAUAGAACUAAAGAACCAUCACAACGCCUAG